UCUCUUUCACAGCUGUCACUCGUCGGCACGUGCUGGAUAAAGAAACAAGCGCCCCUCUCUCGCGCGGUGACAUGUAGGAACAGGAAGUCAGGAAACAGGAGAAGAGAAAAGUUGCACUAGAAGUUUAUGAAAAAUGAGCCGAAUUUAUCACAACACGUCUUUACAGAACAAACCAGUUCACAAUGAGAAAUUCGACCGCGUGUGGUCUCCCUCUGCGUAUGAAAGUGGCCAGGGGGUCCUUUUAGAAGGAAAGCUACUGGAUGUUUCCAGACAUGCCAUCAGUGACGACAGCAAUCAAAAGGUCCGUUUCUAUGUGCUGUACAUCAAACCCAGCCGCAUCCAUCAGAGGAAGUUCGAUGCCAGUGGUACGGAGAUGGAGCCAAACUUCAGUGACACCAAAAAGGUCAACACUGGCUUCCUCAUGUCCUCCUACAAGGUGGAAGCUAAAGGGGAGUCGGACUGUCUGUCUGAGGACCAGCUGUCCCUGAUGGUGAACAAAGCUGAGCUGGUGAAGAUGACUGACCAGCACCGACCCCCCGGGACCUGGGCCUUCUGGUACCCAGAGUCAGAGAUGGACACAACCGAGCUGGAAACGGGACAGGAUAUACGACUGAAGACCCGAGGAAACAGUCCUUUCAUAUUCUCGUUAGCCAAAGUGGACUGCGGAACGGUGACCGGGUGUAACUUUGCUGGCGAUGAAAAGGCCGGAGCGUCGUGGACGGACAAGAUCCUGGCCAACAAAGCAGACGCAGUCAGCACUCAGACGCCCGGCCAAGGAGAGGGAGCCGAGGAGGAUGAAUGGGAUGACUGAGGAAGCCAUCAGCCUGAUGUCUUGGCGCUGUUCCCGUCUCCAGGGUGAACCGCUUCAGUUCGGAUCCCUUCCUGCGUCUGUCUUGGCCUUGGGACUCCCACAUUUUACCGGAGGUACUUAACUUCUUUGGCCCAGGGGCCGAAAACCUAGCGUCACUUCCCCAAUAUGGGAGCAGACCCCUCCAGCUCCAUGUGUGUAUCUUAGCUGCCUUUGAAACUUUACUCUUGUAUACUUUGGAUAAGAUCCGCAAUUGUGUAUAACUGGAAAUUAAGCUCUGCUUUUAUUUUUUUAUUUUUUUUAAUCUUUCUGAGCUUUUUCUUCUACUCCGUCCGUUUGUGUCCAAGUUUAAUCCGGAGUUUCUGCAUAGCCUGGUGUGAAUGACAGUCCCAAAUAUCUGUUUUACUACACACUUGUUGGUCCUUUCAUACUGUCAUUUAAGUCCUGUCUAGAGAGACUCGUUGUAUUUAAAGUGUAUCUCUCGUUUCACAGGCUCAGUACACCGCUUUAGUUCUGUUUGACAACUGAAGUAUUUGGGAAAGCGUUCGCCCACCUGACAGUAGGGUCGGGAACCGAAAACCCAAAUUAGAACUGAAUCCAAAACCAAUCCAAAUGCCAAGAACUGUGCACUCGCAAAAUAAAAAUGAAUUUCGGUUCUGCUUAUUGGUUCCUCAACAACUACACACGGCGCUCCUUCUGGACUGGACGACGCCGGGCUCUGCCAUACGUUUAGUUUGUAGGGGACAUAUGGGCAGCUGUGUGCGCCAUGGAAACGCUCGCCACACACACACAGUCACACACAUCAUCCUUCUUAAAGGUGCAGUAAGUCAUUCUGCACAAAGGUCGUAGAUUGUUGAAGCAUUCACCUGCUCCCCCCCCCCCACACCCCCCGCCUAUCAUCAACUGUCUGCCUGUUGCCGAUUGGCUGGAACAGUGUUUUGUGGCUCGUGCACUCCUUUCUGUUUGUUUUCCAUGUGGAUUAACACGCCCAGACAGACAGGAAACGGAGAGCUAGGGGACCGUGAGGAGGUAUUCAUUCAAUUUGACAAAACGUGUAUUAGUCUAAUAUCACUUUCUAUACCUUUUUUUUAACCCAGUGGUAUAUUCAUAUUUUAACAUGUUUAGCAAAUGCUAUGUGGAGAAAUGACUUUAGAAGUUGAAAGUGGCAUGAAAAGAAAAGACUCUAGUAAAGUACAAGUACCUCAACAUUUGGACUUAACUACAGUACUUGCUGUCACCAUCAUAACUCAACGUGACAGAAACGCCUCUGAUAAGAUAUCAGGGUGUGUCUAGUUACUCAUAUACUGUGUAUAUAUAGAUAGAAUCAUAAUUAUUGUAUUAAAUAAUAAAAUAUAUUCCUUAUUGAAGUCAUUGCACGCAGUUAUUAUCAUUUGGACAUCAUAAAAUGUGAUUUUAGAUACUAAGGAUAUGGCAAAUAAUUAUAAUUACCCAUGUUUCCCUGAAUUCUGAGUCCUUUUUCAUUUCUAUAUCAGACAUUUGUGUUUCUUUCAUCCAGAAUUGUUAAAAGAAAUAACGUGGAUUUAUCUACUUUAACAUAUGGAUGGAUGGGAUGAUUGAUGCUUUAUCUGCUGCCACUUGCUCUGCCAACCAGGUUUAACAAAAAUGACAUGUACUUCUAUACACAAUGACAAUGUUUUAUUAUUAAAAAUAACAAUUUCAACAACAUACAAGAAUAAUUUUGUUUCUUCGAUUACAACAUAUUAUACACAUAUAAACAUGUUCCCUAUAACUGACUUGUGCAACUGGAAAUUGGCCACAUCACAAUGCUGGUAAAUGUCAAAUCACUCCGCACUGAAAAUACAUAUUUGCUAGAAGAUUAUUAUAACGAAUGCUCGUAUUAAACCAUUUGCCACAGCAAAAUUGUUGACACAAAGUUUGGCUUGUAAGUCGGCAGCGGUGAAACAAGCUCCAAAGUAAGUGUCUGACAACAUUAUGGAAAGGAUCCCAACAGAGAUAGAUACAGCUCUGAUGUCUCUAGUGCUAAACCCACCAGACUCCAUUUAAAAAAAAACAAUACUUUAAGCGUGUAUAGAGCCAAUAUAUUUGAGGGGAAAGACGACUCAAACCGUCUUUUCGUAGUUUUAUUUAGUUUCUGUUGACUUUGAAUGAAGUGUAUUUUACAAUGCAAAAAUGACUCUUUAUUUACAUGGAGUCUGGUGGGUUUAGUGAAUGCAGUUUCGUGGAUGUUUUCAUGUUUAAAAAAGGAUUUUACUCUUUAACAGAAAGAUCGACCUCCUUAGAAAUCCUUUCCAUAAUGUUGUCAGAUACUUAGAAUAAUAAUCUGAGUCUGUCAGCAGCAAAACGAGCACUUUAUGAAGGUGAAUACAAGCUGGACAAUUGUCCUAUUAACUUACGUUGUAUCUUGUUUCUCCACUGCUGACUGCAGAGAUCUCUCUUGAUACUGGACCAAUGUCAGAGACUGUUGUUCCCAUCAGUCACUUAGACACAGAACAUGGGAACAUAGGGUCCAGGU